CUACUAGCGUGAGUGAUGGUGUGCUUGGCUGGUGUUCCUGUAUUGCUAUACUGUGGGGUCUCGACUUACUCUUUUACAUGUGCCUCAGCCACUUUCUACGCAAACAGAACUCUGUUUCUUCCUAUAAAUACCCAUCUUCUCUCGCAUUCAGAGCCAAGGUCGUUGUGGGAUUCGAAAAUCAUUCCCAUGGGCACCCACAAAGUUCUUGGCGCUGUUUUCUUUUUGUUAUUAGGAGUCGGCAUAUGUUCCGCCGCUAGAGCCCUCCUCACCUUUGAUGAAAUAGUUGGCCACAUUCCACGAGGUGGCUAUGGUGCAAGUCAUGGUGGCGGUUCAGGUUAUGGUGCUGGUGGUGCCGAGGGUUAUGGGGGCGGAGGAGGUUCAGGUGGAGGUAGUGGUGGAGGGUAUGGAGCUGUAGGCGAGCAUGGUGGUGGUGGCGGCUACGGAAGUGGCACAGGCAGCGGAGAGGGUGGCGGUGGUGGUUAUGGAGGCAUCGGUGGACAUGGUGGUGGUGGCGGUGGUGGUAGUGGUGGUGGAGCUGGCUAUGCUGGUGAAGGAGAGCAUGGCAUAGGAUACGGAAGUGGUGGUGGUGAAGGUGGCGGAUCCGGCUAUGGAGGUGCAGGGGGCUUUGGAGGUGCAGGUGGACAUGGCGGUGGAGGAGGUGGGGGUAAUGGUGGCGGUUCUGCAUAUGGUGCUAGAGGUGAGCAUGGUGCGGGAUAUGGAAGUGGAAGUGGAAGUGGUAGCGGUUAUGGAGAAGGUUCUGGUGCUGGAUAUGGUGCUGCUGGUGGGCACGGAGGUGGUGGUGGUGGUGGUGGUGGUAUUGGUGGCGGUACGGGCUAUGGCAUUGGAGGUGAGCAUGGUGCUGGUUAUGGAACUGGUGGUGGUGAAGGAGGUGGUUCUGGCUAUGGUGCUGGUGGAGAACAUGGCGCUGGAUAUGGAGGUGGCCAUGGUGGAGGUAGUGGUGGUGGAUAUGGUGGAGGAGAAGAACAUGGUGCUAUUGGUGGUGGUGGCUAUGGACCUGGUGGAGAACAUGCAGGUGGCUAUGGAGGGGGCCAUGGUAGUGGUGCAGGAGGUGGAGCAGGUUAUGGAGCGGGUGGAGCUCAUGGAGGUGGAUAUGGUGGUGGUGGAGGCGCUGGGGGUGGUUUUGCUGGCGGUGGUGGGGGAGGUGGGACAGGUUACGGUGCUGGAGGAGCUCAUGGUGGGGGAUACGGUAGUGGUGGAGGUUCUGGGGGUGGUUAUGGUAGUGGGGCUGGUUAUGGUGGUGGAGGUGGCUCUGGUGGCGGCGGAGGUUAUGCUGGUGGUGGUGAACAUGGCGGUGGGUAUGGAGGAGGUGGUGGGAGUGGAGGGGGUGCUGGUGGUGGUCAUGGUUUCUAUGCUCCUUAAAAAUGCCUUUAUAUCCCACCAUCUACAACGAAUGUAUCUUAGUACUAAACUCAAGUAGGCUACGAGGAAUAACAUGUACUUACCUCUGUUGUAUCCAUUGCUAAUUACUAUGCAUUCUUAAUAUUGAUAAAUCUGCAGUCAUGGUGAGACUCAUGGUCUUCAUUGCCUGCCUCUAAUUUAGCUCUGUUUA